AUGACCACCGCCGGCGGCCUGCAAGCUACCAACAAGCACCUGGCUCGGUCUUAUUGGUACCUCAUUGCUGGCGCCGUAGGUCUCGCUGUUAUCAUCCGCGCCAUCAACCACCUCGAACACCGAGCAAGGUUGAGACGCUGCGCAGCCCAAUCCGUCGCCCAUCCCACGAAGCCCUCAAAUUCGCUCUCCCAAUUAUGGGCUACUGCUACCGCCUGUGCCCGAGAAACCUGCCAUCUCCACGUCUACAUCCCAGUAAAAGGACUCCGCUGGGCCACCCCGCCCCCGCUAGGUCGUGUCCUGCUGCUCCUCGCCUACUGGGCCGUCGUCAUUUACAUGUCCGCCGGCCACGAUGCUGUUCAGAACGACGUCUUCUUCCGCGAGCGCAUCGGUUUCCGCAACGGCUGGACCACCAUCAUGCAGCUGCCCCUCCUCUUCCUCCUCGCCAUGAAAGUCAACCCCGUCGGUCUCCUCGUCGGCACCUCCCACGAGCGCCUCAACUGGUUCCACCGCUGGGUCGCCCGUACCAUGUUCAUCACCGCCACCCUCCACGGCUUCCACUUCUGGACCCAAUGGACCGAGGCCGACAUCUUCGACUGGCAGAUGCGCAUCCUCCCUUCCACUAAACAGGGCAUCGGCGCCUGGGCCGUCCUCCUUUGGACCAUCGUCACCGGUUUCCGACCCCUUCGCCACAUGGCCUAUGAGUUGUUCGUCAUCCAGCACCUGGCCUCCCUCGCCGUCUUCCUCUGGCUUGUCUACGUCCACAUCCCCAUCGUCGCCCGGCCUUACCUCUGGGCCGCCAUCGCCUGCAUCGCCUUCGACCGCCUAGCCCGCUGGGGUCUCAUGGCCUGGCAAAAUCUCCGCGCCAAACCCGACUCCUCCGGCUGCCGUCGCAAGCAGCGUCUGGGCCACCAGGUCCAAGUCCGCGCCGUAGGCCCUUGCACCACCGUGCUCACCCUCAAAGACGUGCCCUUCUCCUGGAAGCCCGGCCAGCACCUCUACCUCUGGCUACCCAGCGUCGCUCCCUUCGAAGCCCACCCCUACACCGUCGCCUGCGCCACCCGACUACCCGGCACCUGCACCUGCCACAGCGUCCAGCUCGUCGUCCGGAAACACGGUGGCUUCUCUCGCCGCCUCCAUGCCCAUGCGUCCAAGCUGGAAGCCCAGGGCCACGCUACCGAAACCCUCACCGCCUUCAUCAUCGGGCCUUUCGGUGCCCCGCCGCGCUGGGACGUCUACGAGACCCUCGUUCUUAUCUCUGCCUCCACCGGGGCUUCCUUCACUCUCCCCAUCCUCGAAGCCGCCGUCCAGGCCGACCCCCGCUCCUCAUGCGUCCGCAGGAUCCAGUUCGUCCUAACCGCCGCCCAGGGAGAGGAAGUCGACUUUUACCUGCACAGGCUCCGCCACGCCAUCGCCCAAGCCCACGCUCGGGGACUGGAAAUCACCGCACACGUAGCCGUCACCCGCUCCGAGUCGAGAGUGAUAGAAGGGGGAGCAGGAAGAAGCUCCUCAGAUCUAAACGCCCCCCCAAGCGGGAACGAAAAAGAGGACCCAAAACCAUCGGCCCAAGUACGAACGGCAAGGCCGUCGUCGCCCGGGUCGGGUUUCCUCCGGGAGUACACCGCCCGCCCAGACAUUGAAUCCCUGAUUCGCGGGCCUGUUGAGGCGUCCGGAGGCGAAACCUCCGUCAUUGUGUGCGGGGGCCAGUCGCUUACCAGUUCGGUGCGGAACUGUGUCUUGCGGUUGGCCGACGAGAGAGCCGUGCAUAAGGGGACCGGCGCGCAGGGUAUCCAUCUGUUUGUGGAGGAGUAUUCGUUUUGA